UCUUGACGGCAGUCGGAACAAUCGCCAGGCACCAGAACUCCGCUGCUGCGGUUUCAUUGCAGUUGAAAUUGAAAAGCGAGUGCCGACCUAGGCUCAUCCUAGCCUAAACUGGAAGAAAAGAGAGAAGAAAAAAAAAUCGCUCUAUCGCAUGUUUACACGUGAGACCACAAAGAGACACCAUCUACUGAGCAGGCCUCUUUUCUGGACAUCACUUGCAGCUCUCGCACUGGCAUUCAUCCUUGCUAGAGUUAUACCCCGUCUCGACCUCCUAGGCAAUCAUCUUCGUACACAAUCUACCACAAUCAAGAUGGCCACCUACGCCAAGGAGCUUGAGGUCGCGCAGCUGGCCGUGCAGCGCGCCGCCAUCCUGACCAAGCGCGUCUUCAAUGAGAAGGCCAAGGGCACCGUCUCCAAGGAUGACAAGUCACCCGUCACAAUUGGCGACUUCGGAGCCCAGGCGCUCAUAAUUGCCGCCCUGAAGGCCAACUUCCCCGAAGACGAGAUCGUCGCCGAGGAGGAGGCGGAUGCUCUCCGCGGGGACGAGGCUCUCAAAAAGACCAUCUGGGAGCUGGUUAGGACGACGAAGCUGAGCGACGAGCAGGCAGAAAAGACCCUGGGCGGAGCCAUUGGCAGCGUCGAGGAGAUGCUGGAGCUCAUCGACAGGGGCAAGAGCAAGGGGGGCGACAAGGGCAGGAUAUGGGCCAUCGACCCCAUCGACGGCACCAAGGGUUUCCUUCGCGGCGGCCAAUACGCUGUCUGCUUGGGUCUGAUGGUUGACGGCGACGUCAAGGUCGGCGUCCUCGGCUGCCCGAACCUGCCCGUCGACGACAGCGCCCCGCUGACCGCCGACUUGGGAACCAACGCGACCGACGAAGGCCGUGGCGUGCUCUUCUCCGGCGUCCUAGGACAAGGCGCCAACAGCCGGCCGCUGACGACUGGUGGGUUGGCCGAUCCCAUCAAGAAGAUCUCGAUGAAGCCGCUGGCGGACAUGGCGAGCGCGACCUUUUGCGAGAGCGUCGAGGCCGGCCACUCGUCUCAGGGAGAGGCGGCCCAGAUUGCCCAGAAGCUGGGAAUCACCAACCCCAGCGUAAGGAUGGAUUCACAGGCCAAGUAUGGCUCGAUCGCGCGCGGAGCCGGUGAUAUCUACCUCAGGCUGCCCACGAGCAAGACCUACCAGGAGAAGAUCUGGGAUCACGCUGCCGGUGACCUGAUCGUGCGUGAGGCCGGUGGCCAGGUUACCGAUACGGAGGGUAGGAGGCUCGACUUUAGCAAAGGCCGGACCCUCGCUGAAAACAAGGGUGUCGUGGCUGCUCCAGCGGCCGUACAUGACAAGGUGCUGAAGGCUGUCCAGGAGGUUUUGGGGAAGAACUAGUUCUAGAUCAGAUGCAGGCUCUGGGAUCGGACGCUAGGAAAGGAAACAUUAGAGAUCAUCUGAACGCUGUUAUAUAACAAUGGUGUACAACAAGAAGCCCAGCCAUAUAUGCACCAAAAGUGGUAGUGGUACACGGAGCUUUCUGCUCCAAUAUAUCUUCGUCCCCAAGCCAUAGUAUACAAUGCACCACACAGACUGGUCGCCCGAUCUCUAUUUGACCUUCUUUUGCUUCAG